AUGUCGCAGUGGACCGUGAAGGACAUAGCCAAUGAGCUGCAAAGCAUGCAGCUGUUGCUAGUGGCACGGCCCAAUGUGAAGGAGCUGAAAAGCUCCUUGUUGGCACAAGUCAUGCGCAAGCUUCAGCUCAUGCCACAGUUGCAACCCACUCAGAUUGUGGAGCUCUAUGAUCUCUUGAAAAGCAGCGGUCUUCCUAGCGACAUGUACGACCAGUUGGUUCAGGUGGUGGAUCAAAAGGUUGUUUCGAGUGGGAACAAUGGGUCAACCAGGGAAACUGUUGUGCCCCAACAUUGUGAGAACCUCCACAUGUACUUCACCAACUCAGAAUGGCAAAAGCUUGAGUCCGUGACUAUGUGGGAAGGAUGCAGUGCGAUUGCCCAUCGUCUGAAACUCUUGGGUGUCCGGUCGCUCAAGGAAGGGACGACAAAAUCAGCUACUGCUUUGUUGGUAUGGGAACAAGCUAGCAAAGUCAUAGUAACAACUUAUGAGUCCUUACAAUGUCCAUAA